AUGGAUGUAUGCGUCUGCACCCCACAGGAAUGGGACACUAUCCGCUCCCAACGUGCCGACGCGCUUGACGCGAGUUUGGAGUCACUCGGCGCGCAGCCCGUUCCGCCAGACUUUCAUACGACCGCUGCGCCCGACCCGUCGCCUUUCGGCAUCCAGAACGACUCGGACAGCGAGCGCGACCCGGACGACAUCCCGAUCUUCGGCGAGCAGCUGCAUGCGCCCAGUCAGAGUCCGACGGACACCCUGCGCAACAUAACGCGCAGCGUCCGGCUGAAUAUAAACGGCGUGCCAAGAGACCGCUCGACGUGGAAGACGCUACGUGAUUUUGUGGACGAGCGGACGAUUGAGGACGUCCUGGACACGAUUGAGAGUGAUCGGAAUGCGCUUGACGACAUUCUGGCGCGAACGUCUGACUACCCAGAGUCGCUCUCUAACACAAUAGCAGCCAUCGAGGGUAGUGUACCUGCCGAGAAUACGCUGCCCUCCAUGCAAGAUAUUUUCCAAGCGCAGGGUAUCGCGUCGACAGACAUGGCAAGCCACUUAGAAAGUCUCGCCGCCCAUUUCGAGCAGAUGUCCACGGCUCUGGAGCACCACGAAGCCGGCGAGACGUUUGUUCAUGAAGACUUGCAUGACUGGGGUACUACCUGGACAGAGAUGAACCGUGACACAGAGGAGCUCCCCGCCAUCCUGUCCGAAAUGGAAGAGAGACUCGUGUCUAUUGAUGCUGCACAGUGGGUUCCCGUACUUUCUCAGUCCAGGGAGCUUUCCAACGUUAACCGCCAUAGCACGAAACUCGUUGCCACCAAACGCACCGCCCAGCAGAACCUCGACGCUCACCGUCGUAUUCUCGACGAUCUGGACGAGCUCGGCGAGAUCAUGUCCGAGAUGCUCGAACGACAACAAGCUGUCGAGGACGAGGCCAGGGAACACGUAGCUCUGCUGCACCACCACAUCGUGACAAUCGAGGACCUGCAACAUCGUUUCACGUCAUACCAAUAUGCUUACAGCAAGCUGUUGCUGGAGCUUGCGCGCCGGCGGCAGUACCGCGAUGCCUCGGAUCGUAUCGUGAAUGGCAUGAUCGCGCAGCUCAACGCUAUGACUGAAGGCACGUCUUCUUCCCCACAAUCUCAGGCGAGCACUCACGAGCCGGAGCAUGGGCAGUAUCUGCCUGAGGACGUGUGUCUCUUCGUGCAGAACGCGCCGACGCGGUGGAACGUGGUGCCGCACAACCAGGAACUGGAGGUGCUGCCAGAAAUUGACAGCGAUUUGCUCGAUGAUGCACGACUCAGAGUGGGCACUGGAGUGGCCGCUCUUGGCGCUAGCCAAAGCUUGUAA